CUCUAGGCCCGCAGCGGGGGUCACCCAGAGCCCACGGGAGCUGUCUGUCCACCUCCUUCCCCCCGCUCCAAGCCAUGUCGUUCACUGGAGCCUCAGACCGCAGCGUCCCGGCCACCAAGAUCGAGAUCACCGUGUCUUGCCGGAAUCUGCUGGAUCUCGACACCUUUUCCAAGUCCGACCCCAUGGUGGUGCUGUUCACUCAAACUAGAGCCAGCCAGGAGUGGCGGGAGUUCGGACGCACCGAGGUAAUCGACAACACGCUGAACCCGGACUUCCUACGCAAAUUUGUGCUGGAUUACUUCUUUGAAGAGAAACAGAACCUACGCUUCGACGUGUACAAUGUGGACUCCAAAACCAACAUUUCCAAACCGAAGGAUUUCUUGGGACAGGCAUUCCUAGCAUUGGGAGAAGUGAUUGGAGGGCAGGGCAGUCGUGUGGAACGACCACUCACAGGUGUCCCUGGGAAAAAGUGUGGAACCAUUCUGCUGACUGCAGAGGAGCUCAGUAACUGCCGGGACAUUGCCACAAUGCAGCUCUGUGCCAACAAGCUGGACAAGAAGGAUUUCUUUGGGAAGUCUGAUCCUUUCCUCGUCUUCUACCGGAGCAAUGAGGAUGGCACAUUCACUAUUUGCCAUAAGACUGAGGUAGUGAAGAACACACUGAAUCCUGUGUGGCAACCCUUCACCAUCCCUGUGCGGGCACUAUGCAAUGGAGACUACGACAGGACUGUGAAGAUAGAUGUAUAUGACUGGGACCGGGAUGGAAGCCAUGACUUCAUUGGGGAAUUUACCACGAGUUACAGGGAGCUAACAAAGGCCCAAAGCCAGUUCACAGUGUAUGAGGUUCUCAACCCUAGGAAGAAAUGUAAGAAAAAGAAAUAUGUCAAUUCAGGGACGGUUACACUGCUCUCCUUCACUGUGGAUUCGGAAUUCACUUUUGUGGAUUAUAUCAAGGGCGGGACACAGCUCAACUUCACGGUGGCCAUAGACUUCACGGCCUCCAAUGGGAACCCACUGCAGCCCACAUCUCUACACUACAUGAGCCCCUACCAACUCAGUGCUUAUGCCAUGGCACUCAAGGCUGUGGGAGAAAUCAUCCAGGACUACGACAGCGACAAGCUCUUCCCUGCCUAUGGUUUUGGAGCCAAGGUGCCCCCCGAGGGACGCAUCUCCCACCAGUUCCCUCUGAACAACAACUCUGAGGACCCAAACUGCGCGGGCAUUGAGGGUGUCCUGGAGAGUUACUUCCAGAGCCUUCGGACUGUCCAGCUCUAUGGUCCCACCUACUUUGCACCAGUUAUUAACCAGGUGGCCCGGGCUGCGGCCAAGGUCUCUGACGGCUCCCAGUAUUAUGUGCUGCUCAUCAUCACAGAUGGGGUGAUCUCAGACAUGACACAGACCAAGGAGGCCAUUGUCAGUGCCUCCUCCUUGCCCAUGUCCAUCAUCAUUGUCGGGGUGGGGCCAGCCAUGUUUGAAGCGAUGGAAGAACUCGAUGGCGAUGAUGUCCGUGUGUCCUCUCGUGGGCGCUAUGCAGAGAGGGACAUUGUACAGUUUGUCCCAUUCCGAGACUACAUUGACCGCUCUGGGAACCAGGUGCUGAGCAUGGCGAGAUUGGCAAAAGAUGUGCUGGCUGAGAUCCCGGAACAACUGCUGUCUUACAUGCGCACCCAUGAUAUCCAGCCUCGGCCUGCCCCCAAUGCCAACCCAAGCCCCACCUCCUUGCAGCCUUGAGGGGCUGGCCUGCCUGCCCUAUCGCUUCCUGCAUAGUCACUUAGAAGGCUGGAGUGAGCUGGGCUGGGCCCAGCUCCAGAUCCCAGAGCUGAAAGGGUCAGCCUCAUAUCAAGCUGCCCUCAGAGAAACCUGCCUCCAGAUGGUGGGUGGGGAUGACUGAGAAAGGCAUGCCACACCCUUCCCCCAAUCCCAACCCAUGCCAAGCAAGAAGGGUCCUGUGCCCUCAGCUGAGUCCAGCUACCACCAAGUCCUUAUGCCAAUAAUAAAGCUGAGCUUUACCCUCA